AUUUUGUUUUCUUAAAAUAGAACGAUCACCCGUUUUGAAACUUCCGGGUCAAGGGUAAAGAUAGUAACUAAGAGUUGGGUGCGAUAACACAGGCAUUAAUAACUUGUUGUGUUCAAGUGUAGGAGAAAGACGUAUUUAAAAGAGACUCCUGGAAACAUUAAUGAAAUUGGAUUGAAAUAUCGAAAGGAGAGCUAUAGGGAACAUAACUCAAUCAUGGGAGGAUCUCAUUUGAUGGGCUGGCGCUUCCUUGUAUGUGUUAUCGUGGGACUUAAUAUUAUUUCAUUGGUAAGUGAAAGUCCAGACAGCUGAGACAGUCCAGAUAUUUCAGAUAUUCUAUGCUAUUACUGUGACUAUACUAAUAAAUAGUAAAUUAAUUAAAUUACUAAAUCAUCAUAUAUAUAAUAUAUAUUUAUAUGCUAUAUAAUGUAUUUAUUCUAAUUCCAAUAGUCCUGAGGUGCAGUUGGGCAUUGUGAGUUGUUUAAUUUUAAUAAAAUGACAAGACUGAACACUGAAUCAGUUUCAGUGCUUAAAUUAAUUUAAUUGCUACAUUGAAACAGUUGAUACUAUUCAUAAAAUUAAAUUUACGAUUCCCCUUGCCUAGUUCAUUUAAGUUGUAAAUUGUAUAAUAUAAAAUGUUCACAGUCGUGACAGUGUCUGGUUUAAAAAAAAAAUCAAGAGUCAUGAGUCAUAGCAUAUAUAGAAUCAAUUAGUCAUAAUUAGAUGCAUUAAUUAUAACAUCAAUAUAUAUUACUUUGAAGUGCACUCCAAUUUUAGACGCCCAAGUGAAGUGCAUGAUUUUGAUAAAGAAUGAACGAUGAAUAAUUCAAUGAUGUCAUUGUCAUAUGACAGUGGCACCUACUAUAAUGUCUAUAGAAAUAGACGUGUGAUGUGGUAAAAUAAUAGAGUUUGUAGAGAUACUGGGCGUAAACCUAACUACAAUUUUAUAUUUUGCCUAAGUUCGGCUCCAUUUUCUGAAAUUUAUAUUUGUAUUAGUAGGUUGAUUAGCAUAGGCCCUAUUAUAGGCCGUGGUUUAGAGACCUGUUUUGAGUGAAGAUCCAAUUUAUAAAUUAUAUUGGAUUCUACUAAAGAAAAUAUUUAGGUAGCCAAUGACAUGAAUGAACUGGGGCUGGUUUCGUAAUGAAAAGAAACACACUUAUUCAUUCAAUGGGCAGAGGAAGAUGACCGUUGGCCUAGGCUAAUAACUUGAUGCAAUUUUUAAAAAAAACGUACAUUAAUGGAUAAAAGGCAAAUGUUUGAAUUCAGCUAUAAAUGUAAUGGGAAUUAGGAUCAACUGCAAUAAAACCAAAUAAAGAAUUAAUUUCAGCAGAACCAUAGGCCUUAUGUCCAAAUGUAGAUUAAUAUAAGCAGAAGCGGCAAAGUCGUUAUUGAAUUAACACAGAUCCAACAAGUCCAUACAUAUUUGCUGAUUGGAUCAGCCUAGAUUACUAUAUAAGUCAAUUAACAAGUAAUUGUACCAUCAUGACAGAGUGCUUAAUUAUGCUAGUAAUAUUAAAUUGAAGUGACAGGCUUUAAAAUUUUAUGGAGGAAAGCUUUUGCAAUGUUCAAUAUAUACUUUGCUUAUGGAUGGCAGAUUCCUUUUCCACAAAUUCUGGACAACUUCCAGUCUUUUUCCUCCUUGGCACUCCUGCAAAUUGGUUAGGUGUUGUAGUUUAAGAGUGCUAUAUACAUGUCCAAAAAUGAUUAUUUUCCUAUACAGUCUUCUGGAAUAACAGAUAAUCCAAAUGAUAUCCAGAACCUGGCAACUCAUUAAUGCAUUAAUGCUUAAUGAAGGUUUUUUAAAGUCAAAUUAAAUCUCAAACAAUAUGAUGUCAAAUCAUUUUGUAAUUUACCAACCCACAGUAUAAAAUUGCUUUAUUAGGGGAUUUAAGGGAAAUGGAUCAUUGCAUCUCCUCAACAAUGUAUCAUCCACAUGAUGUUCCCUUGGGUUACACAACUCCUGCAACACCACUGGUGCCAAGCUGUAUCAUCCACACGAUGUUCCCUUGGGUUACACAACUCCUGCAACACCACUGGUGCCAAGCUGUAUCAUCCACAUGAUGUUCCCUUUGGUUAUCCAUGACGAUGGAAGUGAAUGACUGUCUGGCUUUUUAAACAAAAACAUAUGGGUUAUUUGAAGGAAGGAAAUAAUUGAAAUCUGAGGUCAAGUGCUUUAAGAGCUUGGCCUUAAUUAUAGCUGAUGGCCAGUUGUUUACAUUGUUUUCUCUGUGUAGCCUAAUUUAUUUAGCCAACUAAUAAAUGUUAUUAUUAUGUUUAAUUGACUUUUUAGAUUUAUCAUAAAUCUAUUUUUAUACACAUCAGACUUUUUAUCAGGUGACAUCAGUUAGUAUGUUUGUCAACUUAUGCUUUUGUAUCAUUUUAUUUAGAUGACUUGAAAAUAUAAAUAAAGAUAGUGUUAAAUAAAUAUUUUAAAAAGCAACUUCUUUGACAAAUAGGAUCCAUGUUUGUGUGACAGAUAGGAUCCAUGUUUUGUGUGACAGAUAGGAUCCAUGUUUUGUGUAACAGAUAGGAUCCAUGUUUUGUGUGACAGAUAGGAUCCAUGUUUUGUGUGACGGAUAGGAUCCAUGCUUUGUGGGACAGAUAGGAUCCAUGUUUUGUGUGACAGGAAGAAUCAAUGUUUUGUGUGACAGAUAGGACGUAUGGAGGAAGAAUGAAAAACGUUUGUGUAAAAGUUGUUACAGUCAUCCACUAAACCCUUCAGUUGCAAUUUUUUGGAUUUCAUUGUAUAAAAACCUAGUAAUUUGACACUUAAAAAUAAGGAAAGCCCAUGCUAACCAAGGCAUCAAAAUAUCUACUUGUUUAAGUCUUGAUGAGCUGUAAUUAUUUAUUUUAUUCAGUUUAAAAUGAGACAGACUAAACACCAUCUUGUUCGGUACUGAAUUAACUUCACUAUAUUAUAUAUUGCUUUGCAUCUGGAUAAAUAAAAUUUCUUAAUAAAAUGAUACAUAGUAUCAUUUCAAAACCUUCAUUGAAUAUUAAACAAAAAAAAAGAUAAUAAAUAAAUUGCUGAGCACAGCUGGCCAAGUUCAUUUUUUAUGUAACCUGAGCCACUGACUCAGUGACCUUAUUAUUAUAAAUGUUAAUGGGCUUCUUCUUUGCAUGUUGAAACAUUAUCAGGUCACCUCUGAAACCUUCAUUAGGCCACUAUUUUGUUUAUCUUUAGGUUUUAUCUGUCAUAACUUGAAGUGGAAGAUCCAUGUCAUGAUUUUUUUAAUUCUAAAAGACUUUAAAAAUGUGCCCUUGAUGUCACAAGUAAAAUAAUUUGUAUCCUGUUUGAGUAGACAACAAACUUAUCUGUUCAUAAUCUGUGCUUUGUAUUGAGAAUUUUUUUAAAAUAAUCAAACACUGAUCUCAUUUUAUCCUUCAUUCUAUUUCUUUUUGUCUUUAUUUUGAUAAGCUAGGCUUUUUCCUCAGUGAAGAGAUGAUUUCACAAUGCACAGACACUUCACAACCUUUCACUGAUCAUUAUUAUUAUUAUAGUCGGGUUGAAGUUUUAAGCUUAUCUUCUUCAGCCCCCACUUGAAACAUAAAAGUUGUGAAAUAUGGAAACUGUUUACAUAGCUUUUGUUAGCUUUUUAUUAUUUUUUUUUUUUUUAUCACUAACAUCUGUGUUUAAAUUGAGUUAUUGGUGCUGAAAAGUUGAAAGUGGAAGUGAACGAUACCAUCUUUGCCGAGAAAGUAAACCAAAUUUUUUUAAAGUGAUUUUAACAAAUGAGCUGCAUGCAAACAUUUUAUUUCACUGAAUGUGUUAAAAAAAAAAAUAAAUUGACCUCAGAUAUCUGCAAUAACAAUAUCAUUAUUCAAUGUGGGUGCUUUGAUACUGUCUAAGCUCAACCAAUCACGACAGUUGCAAAUUUGAGGACAAAAAGUGUGAUCCAGUUUUGACUUUUGUUAAUAUAUUUUUGUUUUCUUCGUUUUGUUUUCCAUAAAAUAAUCAAGCACUUGGAUAAAUUAUUUAAAUAUCCCAUCACUCACUUAAUGGAUAAAAGGUAAAGGUUUGGAUUCAGCCACUUCCCUUAUUCCUCUGAAAUAUUCGCCCAAAAAGUCGUCUUUUUUGAACAAGUUUAAACACGGUUGUAUAUGUUAUUGUUUUGAAUUUUCAAAUUCAAUGCACUUAAGAAACUGACCAGUUUCAUAUGGUAAUUUUAUAAAGACAUGUUCUUCCUCAACUUCCCAGUGCAAUGGUGACUGUAUAUGGUAUGGACAGUGCGGGUACAACACGGGAAUAGCCAAAGACAAGAAGCUCAACUGUAAAUAUAGUGGCCCGCCUCAGGCUUUUCAGACAGAAGAAGGGGAGAGACUCUUUGCUGAGAAUUGCCCAAAUCUCUACUCUGGUAAUUAAUGAAUACAGUUGGAUAAGAUUAACAUUGUUUGCCAAUCUUAUUUACUAUGUCAACAGCUUUCAAUAAUAAUGAAGAGCAGAGAAUAACUCAAAGAACAUGAAGUGGGGGGCAGAAAAGUUUCCGAACAUGGCUUGAAAACCUUUUAAGUAAAAGCAACAUCAUCUUUCUGCCACAGCAUUGGCAUAACACAUCUUUAUAAUAGCACGAUACGAAUUCUUAUACAAGAAUGACUGAUAAAGUGUUUUGCUUUUAGCAACUCAAACAGGAAGAUAAAUUUGAGCCAAAGGCUGUGACUUUUCAUCCUUUCUGGUUUUGUGGCUGCAUUUUUAAAGUGUGGUCAUUUAAAAAUUAAAAAGGGUGAAUGUUUAUUUGUAUGUUCUGAAACUUUCCUCCCAGGGCCUGGGGUGAAGACAUGUUGCUCCGACGAUCAGAUAAUGACACUGAACACACAGAUUGCUGUUCCCAGGCAGGCGUUGCAACGUUGCCCGAGCUGCCUGCACAACUUCUUGAGUGUCUGGUGCUAUUUAACGUGCGGAGAUAAGCAGGUGAGUUUAGAGUCAUAUUUAUGGAAGGUAAAAGUUGACUGACCACUGUUGAAAUAUUUUGCGCGCAGGAUUGAUAAUUUUUUUUCAUGAGGACACACAUUUCUGCGCCACAAGGGAAUUAACUAUCCUUCAGAAUGAAAUUGUGACCGAGGAUGUUAAAAAAUUGGUGAAAAGAUGGCAUGCUUGUAUUAUAACCUAUCUCUAUGCAACAUGUCUCUGGAUACCAUCUCUGGUGAAAAGAUGGUGUGCUUGUAUUAUAACCUAUCUCUAUGCAACAUGUCUCUGGAUACCAUCUCUGGUGAAAAGAUGGCGUGCUUGUAUUAUAACCUAUCUCUAUGCAACAUGUCUCUGGAUACCAUCUCUGGUGAAAAGAUGGCGUGCUUGUAUUAUAUCCUAUCUCUAUGCAACAUGUCUCUGGAUACCAUCUCUGGUGAAAAGAUGGCGUGCUUGUAUUAUAUCCUAUCUCUAUGCAACAUGUCUCUGGAUACCAUCUCUGGUGAAAAGAUGGUGUGCUUGUAUUAUAACCUAUCUCUAUGCAACAUGUCUCUGGAUACCAUCUCUGUCAAUUAAAACGAAUGUAAUUGGGAUUUCUAAUCAUAUCUGUUUAGUUCUAAUUGAGAAAGUGAAGAAGCUAAGAAGUAUUGGUUUCAUUAAUAGUGAGAAUAAAACUAAAAAUUCAAAGAUCUCCAGAUAAUUUUUUCCUCUCACGCUCAAGUUACAGCUGCUUUAUUUGUUACAUUGAGCACCUCUCAUCCCACCCCCCCCCCUUUUUUGUUUUUGUUUUGGCCACCCUUUUCCUUUUUUGCUCUUAUUGACACUCAGUUCUGUAUAGAGAGAAUAGCCUGGCAACAGUAGCAUUACCUGUGAUUCUAAAACUGACUAUUUUUCCUCUCAAUCCAAAGAGUGAGUUUAUGUCGGUGAAUUCCACAAUACCUUACAAUGUCACCCAAACGGCCAUUGUUUCUGUGGAGUACGCCAUUCGCACAGACUCGGCACAAGGGAUGUUCAACUCGUGCCGUAACGUGCAGGUUAGUUAGUGAUCAUUUAGUUUUUUUUUUUAAAAGCUUGGCUUUCUCAAAAGAUCUUUGCUCCGCCUUGUGAAGGAAAUCAGACAUUUGUUUCGGAUUAAAACAAGACAAUUUUUAAAAGUGAGUGUAUAACAAUCUGCAGAUGCCGAGCACCAACGAGCCAGCUCUGUCCAUUCUGUGCGGUGAGGACGCUGACACUUGCACUGCUAAGAAGUGGCUGGAUUACAUGGGGACGAUUCAGAAUGGCCAGGCACCCUUCGACAUCCACUUCCAUCUGGAUAAUAAGAACAUUACUAUAAAUGGUGAGCAACUGGAUAGGUGUGAUGAAUGAUAAUGUUGUAUUGUAUUGGUGGGGGGGGAGCUUACUGAUAAUAGUUCAACACUAAAAGAUUUGAUGAUUAUUUCCUGCAUAUUGGCCUCAGUAAAUUAAAUGUUGGUUGUAAAUUAGCACUCUUGACUGUUUGUGACUAAACUUAUGGACUGUAACAUAUUGGGACGUAUUUACCAAUUGAGUGCAGAGUGUGCUUUGGGGAAAGAUGUGUCUUUUUAAAGGAUGUGUAUGAAGAAGAUCCGACAUGUUAUUUUCCUGAUUGCAUCAUUUCAACAUUCCGUCUUAUUCCCGAUUGUUCUUAUAUUUUAGACUUUCCAUUCCAAUUUAUUAUUCACCUCUAAAAACCCUUUUCACUUGCCCAAAUGUUGCUGGAUCUGAAGAAAAGCCUUAUUUUAUGUUUCAGGCACAAAUCUCUCACCUUUGGAUAUUCAACCCGUCCCAUGCAGUAAAGCCCCCUCAAACACCACCGAGCCGUGCAGUUGCCAGGACUGCACAGCGUCCUGCACCCCGACGCCCCCGCCGUCCCCGCCCGAGGCUCCCUGUGAGAUCCUGCACAUUGACUGCUACUACUUUAUCUUCGGGGUCAUCUACGCGGUCUUUGUCCUGGUGUUCGGCUGCUACUCCAUCUGUUACAACAUAAUAGUUCAGGACUCCCUCCGCCUGGAGGAGCCGGGAGAGGAAGACAGCCCAGGGUGUUGUGGGACAAGAGGUGAGUGGGUUUCGAUGGGAUUACUGAUUUUUGUGACGUGUACUUUCCAUGCUGGAUGUUACCGGUAUUUAAAAAAUUUGUAUCUUUGUUUAUGGGGCGGUUGUCUCGCAUGCUGUUUUUUUAUUCCAUUUCACUUUUUAAAUUCUUUUUUUUAACUGCCUGGGUGGCUGGCUGGCAAAAUCUUCGGAUGGCUAAUUGACCCACUACCCUUCAACCUAUCAAGCUGAAAGUUGACACAUAGACCUGUUGCUGAUGACAACUCAUUCUUUCAAAUUUUCAGCCUCCAGCCUCAAAGCUUUUCAUUACAUGUGAUAAAGGGUUCAAUGCGAAAAGCUUUUUUUUUUAGGGGUUAUUUAAUGACUUGUUCCAAAGCCAAAGUGGCUCAGAGUGUGUGUCUGUGACAUGAUGCCUGGGCUUAAGUGUUUUGUCUUGCUUUGCUACAAUAUUGUCAUAUUGAAGGUUGGGCUGCGACAAGGAAUGCAUGAGCUAAAGUGUUUUGUCUUGUCGCAUUGAAGGUUGGGCCGUGACAAGGAAUGCACGCAAGCAGCAGUACCUGGAAAACAUCAGCAUAGACCAGCUGGGUCGCUGUGAAAACAUUGGAGCCAAAAUGGAGGCCUUUCUGGAAAGGUCAUUCCGACGAUGGGGCUAUUUCUGUGCCAUCCAUCCAUUCCUUGUUUCUGUGAGUCUGACUUUCUCAUUAGUUUAACGGAAAUGGUUUUAAAUCAAGUUUUAUAGUAUCAAGUAGCUGGCAUUAUAAAAGUGCCUUUUUAUUAUUUUAUUUUGAAUGUGAUUUUUAGGUUUUUUUUACACUAAUGAAUGGAUUAGACAGCAUUUAUUGUUCUUAUGGUGAUGAUGUUGGGUGUAAAAAUUUUCUCCCCUUCACCCAUUACUUUUUCUUCAAUCUGGUGAAUGAAAAGGCUCAUGGCUGAGACUAUGUAUGUUAGCCAUACCAAAAAUAGCUUGCGAAAGUUGGAUAUGCUGUUGCAUUGUUGGUGUCAAACAGGGCAGGGGGCAGAGAGCAAUGCUAUUCAUCCAGACUUUUUAUAUUUUUAAAGAAGUUAAGUUCAUUUUGUAACACCUUUUUAAAAUUAAAUAAUAUUGAUCCUUCUCUUUUAUUAGAUCAUUGUUUUGGCGGUAUUUGGGGGCCUUUGUGCUGGUGCUGCAUUCUUCACAGUGACCACUGAUCCUGUCAAAUUGUGGUCAUCCCCUGACAGUCGGGCUCGGACAGAGAAAGACUACUUUGACUCCCAUUUUGUGUAAGUUUUUGCUACACAUUGUCCCAGUUCUCACUGAGCUGUCCUGGUCCAAGUCUAUUGUCCCAGUCCUUUGUGAGCUGUCCAAGUCUAGUGUUCCAGUCCUCUCUGAGCUUUCCUGUUCGAAGACUAGUAUCAAACACUAUUUUUGUAUCUCUAUCACUAGCUUGUUUAUUGUGUAACAGUUGAAUUUGUAUAAUUUUUUUUACAGUCCAUUUUACCGCACAGAACAGCUGAUCAUCAGCAGGCCUGAAAACACAACCGUCGUCCAAUGGAAGAAUCUGAAUUACACCAACCUGUUUGAUAAAACAUUCUUACAUGAGGUAAUGAAUCGCUGUAUAAAACAAGUUAUGUCCUACAAAUUAACUGUUGGUUUAAUGCAGUGGUCUGCAAUUGUGGCUCGUGAGCCGCAUGCCCCUAUUUCAUGUCCUGAGUGCGGCUCGGCCAGUUGGCCACAAAUGUGUUUUGACUCCGAAAAACAUGGUUCUUGACAAGAAAGUUACGCUCUUAAAAUUUGUUUAAUGGCCCUGCUGCUGAUUUUUGGCUCUUUUGACUACUGGUUUAAUGCAUUAACAUGGUUUACCCCUCAAAAAAAAAAAUCUCUCUAAUAAAUGUUUCUAAAAUUGUUAAAAUGGAGUAAAGUAUGCAAUGUUUCCAUGUCCUUAACUGCAAUGUGUGAUUAAGAUAAGAUAUUUGGAUCAAUAAGAGAAUUGUUUUGAGAUCCCAGUCUAAGCUUAAGAGUUUGUUCCGCUCUGAUAAUUCUUUGACCCACAUUUCAGAUUCUGGAUCUGCAGUUGGCUAUAGCAGAACUCCAUGCAGAGUACCUAGGUAAGAAUGUGAGCCUGACUGACAUCUGCUUUGCGCCCAUGAGUCCCGAGAACGACAACUGCACCAUCCAGUCUGUGCUCAACUACUACCAGAACUCUCACGACAUGCUGGACCUGGAGGCCCUGGAUGACUACGGCUGGUUCGUUGUGGCCAACUACCUUGAUCACUUUGAGUAUUGUGUUCAGUAAGUGAUCGUAUUAGAAUGGCCCCAUUGAGUGAUUGUGUUUGUUAAGUACCGUCAUAUGGUCUGACAAAUUUAAUCUGUUUUAAAAUUUGGCUCGCUAGAAGAACUAUAGGUAACAAAGGACUGCAAACCAGUAUACAAAGGAAACUCUAUCAAAGCCAGUGAUAUUAACAAUAAUCAGUUUAACAAUAAACUCUGUUGAGUUGAUAUAAAUAUUUAGAAAAUCAAAUAUACAGCAAGGAAAAAACUAGAAAGGUACACAUUAAUCUGCACACACACAGUGAAAAAUCUGGUAAGACUUGUAGGACUCAUGUACAUCUGGUAAGUCUUGUAGGACUCCUGUAUGUCUGGUAAGUCUUGUAGGACUCUGUAUGUCUGGUAAGUCUUGUAGGACUCCUGUACGUCAGGUAAGUCUUGUAGGACUCCUGUUCGUUGGGUAAGUCUUGUAGGACUCCUGUUCGUCUGGUAAGUCUUGUAGGACUCUGUACGUCUGGUAAGUCUACCAGUCACCAUUGAUAGUCAUAUGUAUAGUGAGAGAGUCAGAACCCCCCCAGAACAGAAAGUCUAGAAAUUCAAUCCUUAGAGUAUUUUCUACCUCUAUGUAGACCUUCCGGAAAAUGUAAACAAAACUUUUCCAAUCAAGGACGGUGGGGGAAAGGAGUGAUGCAUGCCAUGGCUCCACACCAUGCAUGGUGAAAAAAAUCUAGGUCAACGCACAUGCUAUAAAACUGUAUUAGUAUAGCUCAUAAAGUAACUUUUUUAUAAUAAUCCCAUUGAGUGAUUGUAUUGCUAUAGUCCCAUUGAGGGAUUUUAUUACAACAGCUGAUUUAGUGAUUGUAUUAGAAAAAGUGAAUAUUGAACCAUAGCCCACAUUCCGGGAUGGGUGGGGGAAGAUAUUAGGACGUUAAUUUACCAUCCCGACUCCCUGUGAAUGGCGGCUGCGAACGCUUUAAACGCAGCGUUUUCGGUCGACCAGACGUCCCCGGGCGGGGAAGACCUCCAUCAGCUAAUCUGAUCGAACGGUUGCGGGUCGGGGUGGUCCAGGUCCUGGGAAGUCCCUGGCGUGCCGCCGCACGGUACGUGGUCAGAGAAACCUGGCGUCUGGGCUGUGUGGAGGUGGGUCAGGGGGGGCAUUAAGAGCUCAUGCUCGACUGUCUGCUGACACCAUUUCUUAAUUGACAUAUUUAGUGAUUGUAUUACAAAUGUCGGUGAGUUUAGUUUAAAAUAAUUUUAUGUGUUUUUUGUUCACUUGAUAUUUUCGGGCCAGUGAUGGCAGAGAAAAUUAGACAGUCCCAUGUAAUCUGAAACUGCCUUAAGUCAAAUACUGCCAGGAUGUUAUCAAACCUUUAAAAAUCAUGAUUGUCACUGGCAUACUUAGGCAGAAGUGCAUUCUUGCUAUAUCACCUACAGAUCAUAAAACUAAAGCAUUAAACAAUCACAUUAGUUUUACUGUAACAUCUCUGUAACAAAAAUAUUGCUUCUUUUUCCCAAACAGAUCUCCCUUCUCUCUGAAUGACACAACCAAACUACACACACCGUGUCUGGGAACGUACGGAGGACCUGUCUUUCCAUGGGUGGCCCUCGGAGGGUACGAAGGUAAUUUCACCGGCUUGCUCUCAUUGUACUUCUUUCUUCAGUGCAUGUAAAGAUAGCCAUAAAUUUCCAUUGACUCAUUUUUGCCUGAAGCUGAAACAAUAUUUUCAAAAAUGGAUCUGGGAAUAUUUGUUUCUUGUUGUAAACUUUAUUAAUUCUAGUGCUUGUAAUUAUUGAAGUAAUGACAUUCUAAACACCGGAGCCAAAAGAUUGGAAAUCCCAUGACCGGCUUGUAAUGUUUGGUUCUAUUUGGUUCUCCAGGCAAAUCCUACAAAACGGCCAAUGCGCUGGUCAUCACCAUUCUAGUCAACAAUCAUUUGGAUGAUAAACUCAAUGGUCCGGCCAAGGCCUGGGAGACCAAGUACAUAGAGUUCAUGAAGAACUACACGGCUGAUCAUCCAGACAUCCACAUUGCUUUCUCCUCUGAGGUAGGUCCUGCUCCAUAUUGCUUUCUCCUCUGAGGUAGGUCCACCUCCACAUUGCUUUCUCCUCUGAUGUAGGUCCCGCUCGACAUUGCUUUCUCCUCUGAUGUACGUCCCGCUCAACAUUGCUUUCUCCUCUGAGGCAGGUCCUGCUCCACAUUGCUCUCUCCUCUGAGGCAGGUCCUGCUCCACAUUGCUCUCUCCUCUGAGGCAGGUCCUUCUCCACAUUACUUUCUCUUCUGAGGCAGGUCCUGCUCCACAUUACUUUCUCUUCUGAGGCAGGUCCUGCUCCACAUUGCUCUCUCCUCUGAGGCAGGUCCUUCUCCACAUUACUUUCUCCUCUGAGGCAGGUCCUUCUCCACAUUACUUUCUCCUCUGAGGCAGGUCCUGCUCCACAUUACUUUCUCCUCUGAGGCUGGUCCUUCUCCACAUUUGUCCUGCUCCACAUUGCUUUCUCCUCUGAGGCAGGUCCUUCUCCACAUUACUUUCUCCUCUGAGGCAGGUCCUGCUCCACAUUACUUUCUCCUCUGAGGCAGGUCCUGCUCCACAUUACUUUCUCCUCUGAGGCAGGUCCUGCUCCACAUUGCUUUCUCCUCUGAGGCAGGUCCUGCUCCACAUUACUCUCUCCUCUGAGGCAGGUCCUGCUCCACAUUACUCUCUCCUCUGAGGCAGGUCCUGCUCAAUUUUCAUCACCAUAAUCUGAGCACACUGUUUUCAAGUUCCAUUUUUUUAAAACCAUCUUAUUAUUCAUAUUAACAAACACAAUGUUUUGAUCAUUUCCUUAUAGUGGAUUGUCUUUUUUAAAAAAAAACAACCCUAAUGGAAGUAAAAAAAUUAUAAAAAACUGUAAUUAAAACAACUAUCUCAAAUUUUGCCAGAGAUAUGUUAGUGGUGUUAUAUUUAACUAUUCCUGUCUUUCAGACAAGCCUUGAUUUGUUCUCUAUUGUAUUUGUUGUGAGUUACCUCAUUUUAAUACAUCAGUCAUAUUAAUUCCUCUUGUUCUCCUGCUUCAUCAUCACAGAGAUCUAUAGAAGACGAGAUUGAUCGGGAAAGUGAGAGCGACAUUCUCACCAUACUGCUGAGUUACCUCAUCAUGUUUGGCUACAUCACCAUCACUCUGGGGCAGUACACAGACCUGUCAAGGAUUGUGGUGAGUGGGGAUCAUGGGAUAUCUCUCAGUGGUUCUCAUAGUUGCAGGCCCAGGUUUUGGCUUAAAUGUGUAUGAUUGGCUGUUUUGAAUUCAGGUGCUUUUUAAUAUAGAACUUGCUUGGAAUACAAGUGUCGCAUCCGUGAAUUGGUUUUCACACAUCGAGUUCGUUAACACGUUCAAACAUGGUAAUCUGAUGAACCGAACACAAGUCCUAUUAUAAGAACAAUGGAAACUUCAAUCCAAGCUUCUCUUUCAUCUGGUCGUACAGUAAUUCAAACACAUUUAUUGCAGCUCACUACUGACAUACCAUACAACCUUCUCACUCAAUUCCCAACUCCCACCUGCGAAACAAAUAGCACAUACUCAAGAGACAGACUGUAGACUCUGCUCCCAGCUACAUAAAAAUCACAGCAUGAACAUAUAAUAAUACCAUCACAAACUUUAUGGCGCCAGAAAUUUUCAUUAACAAACAAGACGCUCGCUGUGUACAACGGUUGCAAGUGAAUAUCCAUGCUGGACAAUAAGCAGGGACAACACAGCUCAUUUCUUAACUCUUGAGUUGUGCCAGUACUAAGCCUUGCCACAGCAAUUACAGUGUGUAGUGUGUAGGCUGUAUGUACAAAUGUAAUAAAAAAUUAGAUUCAUUACGUUUAGCGACUCAUUUAAAAAAGCAAAAACAACACCCAUGUCAGGGUUUCUUUAGAUAAAUUUACAGCACUGUAGUCGAGUGACUUUCUCUAAUUAUCACAGGGUGCUCUUGGUGUACAGCACUGUAGUCGAGUGACUUUCUCUAAUUAUCACAGGGUGCUCUUAGCUCAAAAUGAAAGUAAUUUUGGUUUGGCUGGUUGACCUUGUUAAUGUUUUAUACCUUUAAAUUUCCUCUGCCAACUUCGGCACAACCAUGAGGCCGGGCCAUUUUAUUGGGUUGACCUUCUGGUACAUGAUAAACUUGCAUGUAAACUCUUCUCAGCUCUUUUCAUAUUAUCAGUAAGAAAAAUAAUGAAUUGUCCACAGCACUUGUCAAUGGAGACUAUAUUGUUAUUUUUGUGUUUAGGUCGAUGCCAAAGUUUCACUGGGUCUGUCUGGCGUGUUGAUUGUGCUGCUGUCUGUGGGUGGAUCUCUGGGUUUCUACAGCUACAUCGGCAUCCCAUCCACACUCAUCAUUGUGGAGGUGGUUCCCUUCUUGGUGCUGGCUGUCGGUGUGGAUAACAUUUUCAUCCUUGUGCAGACCUGCCAGGUAAUGCUUGCCGUUAGGCUAAGCAGGAAUAUAUUGUCAUAGUUGAUGGUACUUAAUUGCACCAACAAAAUUUUUUUUUUUUCACAAAUUUUUAAUUUUUAGGCUGUACAAAUAAUUCCAUUAUUUGAUCAAAUAUCAAAUAUUAAAUACUGUUUGAUUCAUAAUAAAUUGAUUAACUAUUUUCACAUAUAUUUUUUUUGUUGAAAAACAUGGUAAAUGUUCAACAUAUCUAUAUCUUGAAGCAUAUAUUUUUUAAAUUAAGAGAUGUAUUUUUAACAAGAAAUGAGAGCAACCUCAGAAGUAUGGGUUAUUUAUCUGCAAUGUUUACCUUGUCCACAUCACAGAGGGAGCCCUUGCAUGAAGGAGAGACUGUUGAACACAAAAUCGGUCGUGUGGUUGGUAAAGUUGGACCAAGUAUGUUGCUGACAAGUUUGUCCGAGUCUCUGGCAUUCUUCCUAGGUAACCAUUGAAAGUUAUUUCACAUUUCAUUUCCGUCUUCCUCUUGUCUGUAAGUUACGGGACAGCUGUUCAGAUACCCACCAAAACGAACACAUGGUGCUGAAUGAUCAAACCACUCCAUGCACCGCCAACAUCAUUUAUAUUUAUAUAUAUAAGUCAUCCAUCCACGACAUUAUUAAACAGACUGACAUCAUUGUGAGCCAUUUUGUUUAACUCAAAUGCUAUGAGGAGUAAAUCCCCGAGAGAUGAAAUGGGUAGGAUGGACUCUGUUUUUAAGAAUUACUCCAAACCCCAUUGAAAACUUCAUAAAAAAAACAUGACUUCAGAAGUACUUGUCCAUCUUGUUGCAAAGUGCAAUGCUGUAUAGCAAAGCAGGAAAAUUUAUUUAAUUUGAGAUCCCAUGAGAAAAUGCAUUGCUUAUUAUUUCUUGACAAUCUCUUGCUUCUUUCAGGAGCCCUCACACAGAUGCCGGCAGUGAAGGUGUUUUCAUUGUAUGCCGCCAUGGCAGUGUUGUUUGAUUUCAUUCUGCAAAUCACCAUUUUUAUAUCACUCUUGACAGUGGACGCCAAACGCCAGGAGGUAAGAUACACUACAUUCACAAGUAAAACAAGUUGUCCUUAAACUGAGAUCAGCAGGAAUAUGGUGGUUGGUGGCUGUUGAGGAAGCGAAAAUAAAAAUAAUCUAACCAUACAUUCAUGAUAAUGUUGAGAUUGCUUUGUGCCAGAGAUGACUGUAUCUCAUCAUCGGGACCACUUUUUAGGACCCAACUAGGAUAACUGUUAUACAUGCAUUUUAAGGAAAGGUGUAAAAGAGCUACUAACUACAUUUAUCCCACUGACAAAAUACCCUUGUAAUGGUCCUCCAACUUAACUGCACUUGACCUAUGCACCCUGUCCAGCCAGUGAUAGUCUAAACAUGAAAUGAAAGUUCCCGUUGAUCUCCUCCAACAGUCAAACAGAAUUGAUGUCCUCUGCUGCUACAAGGUACCCCUAAAAAAGUCCAAGCCAAGAAAUGGCCUCCUGUACACAUUUGUCAAGGAAUACUACUCCCACUUUUUAAUGAAGGAAUGGGUCAGGCCCAUUGUUGUGAGUAUCCUGCCGUGCAGUCGUAAAGUGUGCUUUAAAUAUGGUGACCCGAUAGAGUAAAAUUGCUUCGUAUAUUUUAUUGAGAAUUCAAUGCAGUUGCGUGAUUUUUGUUUUUAAAAGAUUGAUUUGAUAAACAAAACGUGCAAAACAAAAAAACAAAAAUUUACAAGGGGUAGGUGUUGAAUAAAACUUUUGCUAACUGUAUCAUUUGUUAUACCAUAUUAGUGAAUAAUUUAUGUGUAAACUGAUGCACAUUGUAAUAGCAGAAAUAGAAAAUGUUUUGACACACACACAUGAACACAGUGUUGAUUUUUUUAUAAAUAAUUUCAGUUAUCAGGUCCAGAAUAAAAAAAGUUUGAACUUAUAUUUCAUCCUUCAGCUCCUCGUACAUUGAUCAAUAUUUUCUGAUACGGUACAUAAAACAAUGUUUCUGACCCACUCCCUUCCUCAGAUGCUGACGUUUGUUGGCUGGUUCUGUGCUAGUGCCGCCAUGACCUCUAAAGUUGAGAUUGGUUUGGAUCAAGCCCUGUCAAUGCCUAAGGUAAAUCUUGUGCAGGAAUCUGAGUUUUGUAAACAAAUCUUUGCUUAAUUAGACACUAUUUCUAUAUUGUGCCUGCCAAAUAGAUUUAGGACAAUAUUCCUAUAUCAUCCCUGGCAAUUAGAUUUAGGACAAUAUUCCUAUAUCAUGCCUGGCAAUUAGAUUCAGGACAAUAUAUCUAUAUCAUGCCUGACUAUUAGAUUUAGGACAAUAUUCCUAUAUCAUGCCUGGCAAUUAGAUUUAGUACAAUAUUUCUAUAUCUUGUCUGCCAAUUAGAUUUAGUACAAUAUUUCUAUAUCUUGUCUGCCAAUUAGAUUUAGUACAAUAUUUCUAUAUCAUGCCUACCAAUUAGAUUUAGGACAAUAUUUCUAUAUCAUGCCUACCAAUUAGAUUUAGGACAAUAUUUCUAUAUCAUGCCUACCAAUUAGAUUUAGUACAAUAUUUCUAUAUCAUGCCUGCCAAUUAGAUUUAGUACAAUAUUCCUAUAUCGUGCCUGGCAAUUAGAUUUAGGACAAUAUUUCUAUAUCAUGCCUGCCAAUUAGAUUUAGGACAAUAUUUCUAUAUCAUGCCUGCCAAUUAGAUUUAGUACAAAGUUUAUAACAUCCUUACUAGCAGGCUCAAAGACCAAAAUUAUGAAAUUGGUAAUCAUUCAGCAGCAGUUUGUCCUCAGAUGAUAAAAAAAAUGUAAACUUUAAUUUUUGUUUUUUUAUCACCUUACACAUAAAUCCAUGCCAUGUAUCACUUACGUUAACAUCCGUAUGUCAGAAUGCUGUGGUUGCCACUGCUAACAAAAAAUGAUUUGAUCCCAUCAUCUUCAUAACUUGAAAGAAUUUCUGUAUUUAAAUAGAAUAAUAUUUCAUUAAACACUGGUAAAAGACUUGGAAUCUUGAUGUUAAUCCCCCCCCCCCCCUUUUUGGGUGCUAACAUUUCACUAUGAAUCUUUUUCCCUUGUCAAUCUUUUUCCCUGUAUCUUACACCCCUCAGGAUUCCUACGUUUUGAAUUACUUCGGUAACCUGACCAGAUACCUCUCUGUCGGAGCCCCUGUCUACUUUGUGAUGGAGUCCGGCCAUGACUUCUCCACAUAUUCUGGUCAGAACGAUGUAUGUGGUAUAAGUGGCUGUCCGCAGAACUCACUUGUCCAGCAGGUCAACCACGCUGCCUUGAACCCAAACUAGUGAGUCUUAAUGACCUGGGUUUAAUUGUCCACUCAUCAGUUCUUUAGAAUGCUUAUCAUCUGCCAAGGGUUUUUUGUUACCAAGACACAUCUUUACACAUUUUAUUGUAAGGACAAAUUUUACGUCCCAAAGCAUUGAAUUACAACGUUCCAUAGCACAUUUUAAUUAAAAUUUAUAGUUGUUUUACUGAUAAUUAAUUGAUUGGCAAGAAAAAUUGAUUAUGGGCUAAUCCUAAAUUUAUUGAUUUGUGUUUGACCAAAAAAAUGUUUUCUUUAAAAUCGUGAGCAUUAUCUCAAAAGUCAAAGUAUAUGCCAUUGCCUUGAAGUGUGGGGCACUUGUGCCAAAAGGGAUGAGUUGGUGUUUCAGUAUAUGUUAUUAAAGGAACAUACGGUAUGUUGAGAUGCACAAGAGAUCCAAUGUCUUAAUUGUCUUCUUUUAUCCCAGCACUUAUGUGGCUCAGCCAGUCUCCUCUUGGCUGGAUGAUUACUUCUCAUGGCUGUCCAGCCCUGCGUGUUGCAGGUAUAAAAAUGACACCGGGGAGUUCUGCCCUUCUACAGGUGAGUUCUGUGAAUUGUUAGUUUUUUUUCCUAUCGUAGUUACCUCAGCUCACAGUGUAGGUGCACACAGAUUUUUAAACAGCCUCUGGUCCUUCGUUCUUUAACUGAAACCACCUCGUCGUAGAUUUGAAGUGGGGUGGGGAGAGAAAGCAAGAAUAUUUAUCUUAGAACUGUGUCUGUUUAUAUUAUUUUAUGAAAGAAGAUUUGUGUCUGUUUAUAUUAUUUUAUGAAAGAAGAUUUGUGUCUGUUUAUAUUAUUUUAUGAAAGAAGAUUUGUGUCUGUUUAUAUUAUUUUAUGAAAGAAGAUUUGUGUCUGUUUAUAUUAUUUUAUGAAAGAAGAUUUGUGUCUGUUUAUAUUAUUUUAUGAAAGAAGAUUUGUGUCUGUUUAUAUUAUUUUAUGAAAGAAGAUUUGUGUCUGUUUAUAUUAUUUUAUGAAAGAAGAUUUGUGUCUGUUUAUAUUAUUUUAUGAAAGAAGAUUUGUGUCUGUUUAUAUUAUUUUAUGAAAGAAGAUUUGUGUCUGUUUAUAUUAUUUUAUGAAAGAAGAUUUGUGUCUGUUUAUAUUAUUUUAUGAAAGAAGAUUUGUGUCUGUUUAUAUUAUUUUAUGAAAGAAGAUUUGUGUCUGUUUAUAUUAUUUUAUGAAAGAAGAUUUGUGUCUGUUUAUAUUAUUUUAUGAAAGAAGAUUUGUGUCUGUUUAUAUUAUUUUAUGAAAGAAGAUUUGUGUCUGUUUAUAUUAUUUUAUGAAAGAAGAUUUGUGUCUGUUUAUAUUAUUUUAUGAAAGAAGAUUUGUGUCUGUUUAUAUUAUUUUAUGAAAGAAGAUUUGUGUCUGUUUAUAUUAUUUUAUGAAAGAAGAUUUGUGUCUGUUUAUAUUAUUUUAUGAAAGAAGAUUUGUGUCUGUUUAUAUUAUUUUAUGAAAGAAGAUUUGUGUCUGUUUAUAUUAUUUUAUGAAAGAAGAUUUGUGUCUGUUUAUAUUAUUUUAUGAAAGAAGAUUUGUGUCUGUUUAUAUUAUUUUAUGAAAGAAGAUUUGUGUCUGUUUAUAUUAUUUUAUGAAAGAAGAUUUGUGUCUGUUUAUAUUAUUUUAUGAAAGAAGAUUUGUGUCUGUUUAUAUUAUUUUAUGAAAGAAGAUUUGUGUCUGUUUAUAUUAUUUUAUGAAAGAAGAUUUGUGUCUGUUUAUAUUAUUUUAUGAAAGAAGAUUUGUGUCUGUUUAUAUUAUUUUAUGAAAGAAGAUUUGUGUCUGUUUAUAUUAUUUUAUGAAAGAAGAUUUGUGUCUGUUUAUAUUAUUUUAUGAAAGAAGAUUUGUGUCUGUUUAUAUUAUUUUAUGAAAGAAGAUUUGUGUCUGUUUAUAUUAUUUUAUGAAAGAAGAUUUGUGUCUGUUUAUANAACACAAAGUUUCAAAACUCUCCAUGCCAAGCGUUUGAAAGAUAGAAACAUUUUAAUUGAUUUGUUGUAUUUUAUAACUGUGGACGCUAAACACAAAGUUUCAAAACUCUCCAUGCCAAGCGUUUGAAAGAUAGAAACAUUUUAAUUGAUUUGUUGUAUUUUAAAACUGUGGACGCUAAACACAAAGUUUCAAAACUCUCCAUGCCAAGCGUUUGAAAGAUAGAAACAUUUUAAUUGAUUUGUUGUAUUUUAUAACUGUGGACGCUAAACACAAAGUUUCAAAACUCUCCAUGCCAAGCGUUUGAAAGAUAGAAACAUUUUAAUUGAUUUGUUGUAUUUUAAAACUGUGGACGCUAAACACAAAGUUUCAAAACUCUCCAUACCAAGCGUUUGAAAGAUAGAAACAUUUUAAUUGAUUUGUUGUAUUUUAUAACUGUGGACGCUAAACACAAAGUUUCAAAACUCUCCAUGCCAAGCGUUUGAAAGAUAGAAACAUUUUAAUUGAUUUGUUGUAUUUUAUUACUGUGGACGCUAAACACAAAGUUUCAAAACUCUCCAUGCCAAGCGUUUGAAAGAUAGAAACAUUUUAAUUGAUUUGUUGUAUUUUAAAACUGUGGACGCUAAACACAAAGGUUCAAAACUCUCCAUGCCAAGCGUUUGAAAGAUAGAAACAUUUUAAUUGAUUUGUUGUAUUUUAUAACUGUGGGCGUUAAACACAAGUUUCUGCGAUUAAAUGAAUGCACAUUUCUUCAUUUGAUUGCCAGACUCCAACUCUAGUUGCAUCCCAUGCCCACUAGACCACUUAGAAAAAGGCCGUCCCGUUGGAGAGACCUUCAACAGAUAUUUGAAAUGGUUUCUGUCAGACAACCCUGGAUUAAAGUGUGGCAAAGGGUGAGUUACGCCAUUGAAAAUUGUCAUUUAAUUAGACAGCCUUGUGCUGCGAUAUUGCCUUGUGUCCAGAGAGUAGGAUUUCAGAUUUGGUCUGGUUGGUCUCCAGCUGGGUGGGAUGGACUCGCUGGCCAAUUAAGUCAAGAUUAACACUGACCAGGGCAAUCAUAAGAUAGUAUGUGAAAAAAAGGGAUGUAAUCUCAUUGGUUGAUUCACAGGGGCCAAAGUAAAUCUAAAUUGUAAAAAAAAAAAUUAUAUUAAUUUUAUGUACUUAUCUUCUCAAGAAAAAGGGAUAUGUCAGAUAGGACCUUAAAGCUCUUCUUAUGUAUAUAUUAAUGCCUCUACUCUUGUGUACUAAGAUUUCUAGGCUCCUGUGUACGUGGAUGCUUCUCCUAACAUGUAUGUAAAUGCCCCUAUUAUUGUCUACAUAUUUAUUUGCCUAUGCUAAUGUUGAUUGUUGCCGUCCACAGUGGCCAUGCGGCCUACGGUUCCGGUGUUCAGCUGUUCAAGGAUCCAAACAAUGAGACACAUGUUGGAGGGGAGUUCUUUCACAGCUGCACCCCCCCCCCCCUCAAUAAUUAAAUGAGCGCUCACUCUUCUUUGCAUUAAGUAUUUAACCAGUCAGUAGGUCAAGGCUAUCCAUGCAUGUCACCCUUCAGAUGUGUGUGCCAUUUAAGUAGCUGGCAGUCCGUCAAGUAUGACAUUGUUUUCUUCAGCUUCCUACUUCAUGACCUACCACAACAUCCUCAAGACAUCGGCUGACUACAUCAACGCUCUGAAAGAAGCCAGGGUGAUUGCUGACAACAUAACCAGCACACUUCAGCAUAGCGGGCGUCAAGGCAAGGUGUUUCCCUACAGGUAAUAAAAACGCACACACAAAAAGGGACUCUAUUAGAUGGCCAAUGAUAUUGAAAUGUUAAACUUAAGAUCUGAUCACAUUAAUCUUGGAGUUAAUUCUUAUCUUCACUGGUGAAAAAUAGGGUAUACACAUACUAAAAAUAGGGUAGUUACAAAUCAUCAGAGUUAAGUUGAAAUUAAAAUUAUGUUGCUGAAGCUGCAGUCAUAAGACACAUAAGGUGUCCAUGAGUCAGUAAAUAGAGUUGGAACAAUGAGGGUGUUUCAAGAAACCAGCUAGAAGGGCAAAGCAAGAUUUCUGCACUGAGGCUUUUUGUAUGAGACAGCAUAGCCCAACACUAAUGACAGUAACAGUCUGCAUGAGACAGCAUAGCCCAACACUAAUGACAGUAACAGUCUGUAUGAGACAGCAUAGCCCAACACUAAUGACAUUAACAGUUUGUAUGAGACAGCAUAGCCCAACACUAAUGACAGUAACAGUUUGUAUGAGACAGCAUAGCCCAACACUAAUGACAGUAACAGUUUGUAUGAGACAGCAUAGCCCAACACUAAUGACAGUAACAGUUUGUAUGAGACAGCAUAGCCCAACACUAAUGACAGUAACAGUUUGUAUGAGACAGCAUAGCCCAACACUAAUGACAGUAACAGUUUGCAUGAGACAGCAUAGCCCAACACUAAUGACAUUAACAGUUUGCAUGAGACAGCAUAGCCCAACACUAAUUACAGUAACAGACAGGAUCUCAAAUAGUUCUGACUUGGAUAUAGUGUUUCAGAAGUCUACAAGCCCCUCUACUGCUUGUUCUUUAAUCCUUAGACAAAUGGCUUCAUUUCUUACAGCCAGAGCCAUGGCGUGAACUCUGCAACCCCUGGGGCUGUAGUGGGCCUCGGAUAUUUCAGGGCCCCAAUGUGUGCUGUGGAAAAUAUAGUUAAACUAUCAACUUUGAAUGCAAGGGGCACAAAACCAAAAGGGGUGUGGGUGGUGUCUAAAUGUCACACGAUGGCUCUGACUACAUCAGAUGGCUCUGACUACAUCAGAUGGCUCUGACUACAUCAGAUGGCUCUGACUACAUCAGAUGGCUCUGACUACACCGGCAGUAAAAACACACUAAGAUACAAUUUUUAAGACUCACACAAAACAUGAUCAAUGUUAGUCCUAGCAUUCAUUUGGUUUCUUAUUCCUAUUUUAAUGUAUGGCAUAACUUUACUUUCCCCCCCCCCCCCCCCCAACAGGGUGUUCUAUUUGUUCUACGAGCAGUACCUGACCAUCCUCAAAGACUCCAUCUUGAACAUGGUCUNUGAACAGUUUGCAUGAGACAGCAUAGCUAAGUUGAUGAACAGUUUGCAUGAGACAGCAUAGCUAAGUUGAUGAACAGUUUGCAUGAGACAGCAUAGCUAAGUUGAUGAACAGUUUGCAUGAGACAGCAUAGCUAAGUUGAUGAACAGUUUGCAUGAGACAGCAUAGCUAAGUUGAUGAACAGUUUGCAUGAGACAGCAUAGCUAAGUUGAUGAACAGUUUGCAUGAGACAGCAUAGCUAAGUUGAUGAACAGUUUGCAUGAGACAGCAUAGCUAAGUUGAUGAACAGUUUGCAUGAGACAGCAUAGCUAAGUUGAUGAACAGUUUGCAUGAGACAGCAUAGCUAAGUUGAUGAACAGUUUGCAUGAGACAGCAUAGCUAAGUUGAUGAACAGUUUGCAUGAGACAGCAUAGCUAAGUUGAUGAACAGUUUGCAUGAGACAGCAUAGCUAAGUUGAUGAACAGUUUGCAUGAGACAGCAUAGCUAAGUUGAUGAACAGUUUGCAUGAGACAGCAUAGCUAAGUUGAUGAACAGUUUGCAUGAGACAGCAUAGCUAAGUUGAUGAACAGUUUGCAUGAGACAGCAUAGCUAAGUUGACCAGGCUGACACUGUCAAUCAUAAAGUGAGAUAAUUUGGAGGGAAAUCGGUUGUGGUAAAUGGUGAGUAUGGAUGCCAAUAUUUUCUCAAUGGCCGCCAUCUUGGUUGACACCUAUGCCUAACCUGAAGGUCGUGGCAUCCAUAACUACCAUUAGCCUCGGUUGUUUAUUUACCUGCUACUGGAAAGUGGUGUACAAAUGGAGCAUGGAGGCUGUCGCUGUGCUUUCUAGACUUGCAUUUUUGGGUUGUAAUUAGCUAGAUCAGAAUUCAGUUACUCAGUUGCAUCAAAAGAAAGCAAUAUAAAGUGUGAUGUGUCUUUGAUCAUUUGAACCCAUUAUAAAUAUCCAUUUUUAAAUUCUAAUCCCAGGCCAUUGGAAUAUCCGUCGAGUUUUGCUCACACAUCAUCCGAGCUUUUGCCAUCAGCGUCCUACCAACUCGCAAGGAGAGAGCCAAAGAGGCCCUGGCUCACAUGGGAAGCUCGGUAAGAGACUUAUUUGUCUGUUGAAUGUGUUGUCGGUUUGCAACUCAUGUGACAUAGAAUGCAUAAAGAGCACACUGAAAGACACACUGCUGGUCAUCUGCUGGUCUAUCUCCAGUCGUCUUGACCAAGUCCUGCCAUUGGAUGAUAACGAAGGAUGAGAGGGUGAUGAUUUCGGCAACUCUACCUCACUUUAAACAACUCAACUCAAGGCUACUACUCAAGUCAAAAUUGCUUGGUCAUCUUCGCGUGGAAAGGAUGAACAACAAUGAAAUAUAUAAAGAAGAAAAGUAGCAGAAAAUUUUCACAAUUCACCCCAUAAAUUUGUACCAUCACACGUCAACUUCCCCCAACAAAUUUGUACCACCAUUCAUCAACUCCCCCUAUAAAUUUGUACCAGCAUACAUCAACUAACACCAGAAAAUAAAAUUCUUGUUAUGUCACUGAUGAAAGCCAGGCACACGCUCCUAUAACUUGUCCCCCCCCUGCUUAUCCUCAGGUCCUGAGUGGUAUCACCCUCACCAAGCUGGGUGGUAUCAUCAUGCUGGGCUUCUCCAAGUCCCAGCUGUUCCAGGUAUUCUACUUCAGGAUGUACCUGGGCAUUGUCGUGUUUGGGGCCACCCACGGCCUCAUCUUCCUACCUGUGUUCCUCAGCUACCUGGGUAAGUAGUGUCCUUUCAACCAUUGGGCUACAUCACAGAAACAAAAACCCGACCCGAUUACUGUCGGCAUCAGUUGGUGUUGAUGUGAGCGUAUGUCCCUACGUUUUAAUUUUAAAAAUACAAUGAAAUUUUGUGGACUCAAAAUUUUUGUAUCAGGGAACCUGUAGGAAGAAAUAUACAUCUAGACUGUUAAUAACUAAAGAUAAAAUAAGAUAAGAUAAGCAUCUUUAUUGAUUCAAAUAAAUGGAAAUGUUUUUUGAUUACAUUGUACAUAUUCAUUUUCAACCCAUAAGUAAAUACAUAUUUUAACCUAGACAAUGUUUUACAGUUAUAACAAUUUAAACACAAGACACCUGAAGUAUUUCUCUUGCAUAGAAAUCAGCCAUCGAUGAACUCCUUUAGUGACAGAAAUGACGCUAAUUAGUGAUCAAUUUUACAUUUGGUCAUUAAGAUGAUAAUUUAGAUUAACUGAAGCAAUGCUUUCAUGUUAUGACCCACUCUGGAGUAGACCCGUUGGGUCAGACCCGCAGAGAGUAUUCAAAUAAGUUCAAACUCUUAUUACCGGUAAUGUUAAGUUACACAAUCUAUACCGUGAGAGAGUUAGCUUGAAAAAAAAAGGUAGUUUUAACUUUUGGAAAAGCAAUUUGUACGACUCAUGACCAUACAAAAUAAAUUAAUGUCGACUGAUACGCUUUAAGAAAAUCCCUUUGGCUCUCAUACACAUUUUUCUGAUAGUGUCAUGCAAACUUAAUAAAGUUGACCACCCCAAAAAUAUAUAGAUAUUUAUCUGUAGUUGAGAGUUAAGAGGAUAAACAAAAAACUUUUUUGUGCUUAUAACAAUUGAACUUUAUCUUUUGGUAAUACCAUGUUCCAAACAACAUAUAAUACAACGUUCAAAACAACAUAUAAUACCAUGUUCCAAACAACAUAUAAUACAACGUUCAAAACAACAUAUAAUACCAUGUUCCAAACAACGUAUAAUACAACGUUCAAAACAACAUAAAAUGCCAUGUUAACAGUUCCAAUGAUAAGCCAAAACACUUUGUUUAUGGAGUGAUUUUAUUACCAAUCCUUCAGGUCCCCCCGUCAACAAGGCCAAAGUUUACUACAGUAAACAGGAGGACAGCACAGACGAGACGGACGACACGGGCUCUGCCCGUCAACCCAACGGAGACGCCACGCACAGAUCGGCGCUGAAUGGUGGCGCCACAUACAGACAAACUCACGACAACCCCCCAGCCUACAACACUAUAAGCAGAGCCUCAACAUAAACACUAUCAAUAAAUAGUGGCAAUAUACGUUUUUCCAUGACAUGGCUAAUUGUUGGGGGGGGGGACAUCGAGAAACUAAAUAUCAAAGUCUUUAUCACAUACCGGCUGUUGGGGAAUAAAGACACAGACUGGUGCAUAGUUGUCAUUUACUGUCCCCACCAUUGGUCAGUUUCUUUUAAUAAUGUGUGAAGUUUUGCAAAGUCUUCCUGAAGCUUAUCAAAUAUUUCAAACUACAACUGUCUGUGGUGCUCGGAGAAACUGCACUUCUGAGGAUAACCUGGAAUCAUUGAACGCUUGUCGGUCCUCGGAAAGACUUGCUGAGAUCAUUUCUUUGGUUAACUUGAAAGGACUUGCUGCAAGAUUCGCUAAUUAAUUUGUUUUUUCCAACUUUACAAACUGGAUGUGUCAUGAAAGAAGCACUUAUGAAGAAUUAUGAAAUUCACUCCCCAUGAUAUUUAAGGAUGUUAAGUAGUCGAGGCUUUCUCAUCGUUCUGAUGACAUCUGUCAGUAUUUUCUCACCUCGCUGAUGACAUCUGUCAAUGUUUUCUCAUCUCCCUGUUGACAUUUUGAUGGUGGCCAGAUUUCUUUGUGCCUCAUUCCAACCAGAUGAAAGAUAAAUGCUGUUGUGGUGAAUGGUGGUGUACGUUUGUAGUGUUUGGUGAUAUGCCGUUGUGGUGGACACAGCCACCUGAACUUCCACCAUACUGAUGGGUCAUUGUUGCAUGUGUUGUGAACAAACCAGAAUUGUGUAGAUUUAUUUUAAUGGCAUUGCAGCAUUAGGCCGAUGCCAUAUGUUCUGUAUUUUUCUGCGGGGAGCACCAAUUGUUGUUUAUCUCCUUUCUAUUUAAAUUACUGAAAAUUUAUGGUAAAUUACUGAAAAUUCUCAUAAAGUGUCCUUGACCCUACCUAAAAUUUUACUCUAUAACCACUACUAAAGUGGUGAUUCCUUAUUUGUUCCUAACCCAAGAGAAAAUGAACUUUUGUUAACCCUAGUUAUACUACAAAAGUAGUACAACAGUGGUACAAAAGUAGUAAAUCGCUGUUUUGAAUCCUAACCAUAUGAAAAGGAAUGUUGCUUUUUUAACGGGCAAACUUUUAUUUUUCUGCGGCCAGUUUGUGAUCAUUUAGUUUUAUGCACACACCAAAAAAGAUGAAAUAUGCCGCCAUAGUUUCUCAGUCUGUACUUUGAAUAUUCUUUCUUGCUCAAAAGCAAGUACGUUUCAUUAUGUCAUUCACUGUUUCAUUUUGUCAUUCACCGUUUCUUAUGUUAUUCACCGAUUCAUUGUGUCAUUCACUUUUGCAUUAUGUCAUUCAUCAUUUCAUUAUGUCAUUCACCAUUGCAUUAUGUCAUUCAUAGUUUCAUUAUGUCAUUCAUAGUUUCAUUAUGUUAUUCACCGUUUCAUUAUGUUAUUCACUGUUAUUUUUCUGCUUUGGUAUAACGAAGUUAUCCUGUCCUUAAAAACUGGUACUACCAAAUAAUAAAUUUUAAUGUAUUUUGAAAGGAAUGUCAUUUUCUUAAAUAUCUAUAUAAAAAAUUAGUUGAUAGAGCCUAUUGCAAAAACGUACUAAUCUAUUACAUAGCUUAAUAUCACACCAUAUGUGGUUUUGCAGAGAGAAAUUCAUUGCCGUAGCUGGUGUUUUUAUGAUGUGUGGCUAAACAAGAAGUUUCUCAGCUCACUGAAUGUGGUUAUGUGGAUAGACUUUUCUCAUCAUACCAUUACAGGGUUACGUGGAUAGAAAUGUAUUUGCCAUAGUUGUUUCAUGCUAUGUGUGCUUGAACAAGAGGUUUCACAGCACAAUUUAUGCCGUUGUGUCUAGAGAAGUUCCUCAGCACACCGUAUGUGGUUAUGUGGAGAGCAAUGUAUCUGUCGUUAUGUUAUUCAAUGAUGUGUGCUUGAACAAACCGGUGAUGAGAACAUACAGUAUUGCCUCUGAUCAUUUUCCUCUUCGGCUUCUGAUGAACGAACAUGCGGUGGGAUUUAUAUAUUUAUUGUUUCUGUAUAUAAAAAAAAAAUAUUAACCAUGAAUGACUUGGUGGCAUUCCUUGACUUUGGUGUGUGCCACGUUGGAUGUUGGGGGUCCUCUAAGGGAGGGGCUGUUAAACCUGGGGCCUUCACCUUACUGGCAAAAGGGGGGGGGGUGCACGGUCAAAAAAAGGUUAAGAACCCCCCCUGAUCAGGGGGAGGGGGCGGGGGGAUGACCAAGAAUGGUAUGAGAGUAACCGCAGAUUUAUACGGAGGAGGUUUUAAAAUGUUAAAUAUUUAUUUACAGGAGUUGAACAGAAAGAUUUUUUUUUAAAUUAAAUGUUUUUUUGUUUGUUUUAAAAAUGAUGUUGAGAAUAUUCUUAAAUUGUGCAAGUCCAUCAGUUUCCAGUGAUGUACAUUUUUUUUCUUUUUUUUUAAAACAUGAACUCUGAAGUAUGUUUGAGUUUGAGUCAAAAAUAAUUUUUCAGUUCUCAAAUAAAUAAUAAAUUCCAAUGAUUUGAACAUUUAAGAUGUGUAUGUAUUUUGUCAGCUAGACGAUAUAACACUGUCUGUACAUUAGUUGUCGUUAUGUCUUGACCACUUUAACUUCUCAGGAGCCUUCCUGCAGGCUCCUUUCUGUUCAGUUAGUGGUGCAGGUGACCAAUAAUAAUUUUGAUUUAGAGCUGAAGAUUAUUGAAGGCCAGUGAUUCCCACACUAUUUUACUGUACCCAACAUUUUCAGGGAAAAAGUGAGGAGUGUCCUCUGUGUUUAAUCAAAUAGUAUGGGUAUAUCAAAUGAGGAGCUUUUUUUGCUUCCCCCCCCCCCCCCCCCCCCCUCCUGUUGCCCUUUUUCUUAGAUUAAAAAUUUCUAUGCUUACCCCCAAGGAGUUACAGAACCCCUGACCCCGUUUGGAGAACUUCUACUGUAAUGGGACUAAUGUUAAUGUCAUUUCCUAGUCAUAGAAUUAUUGCUAAUUUGAUCUGUCAAUUUGAGCUGGACCAUCAGCAGAAAAAAUAUUUGAAGGAAAUGGUCUCUGAAAUAUUGAUUUUAAAAUCCAACCUUUAAGAAAGAUCUAUUUUUUUUAAUCCACUUUUCAUAAUUUAAAAAAAAAAAUAAUAAAAAAAUUACAAAAUUAUUAUUUGUAAGAAAGUGAUUGUGGUCAGCUCACCUGUUAGGUUACUUCCCCUUGUCAGGUUAUCUCCCAUUAAAAGGUUAGGCACAUAAGUGGCAACAGUUCUAAGAGCCAUUUCUAACUUCUGCUACUCUACUACUAAGGUAUUUGAUGAAUCAUCAAACAUAUGUGUGUGCAUGUGUUAAAUCAUAAAGAUAAGUGAAAUCAAAUAUUGUACAUUAUUAUUAUUAUUAAUAUUGAUUUACUUGCAAUGCUACAAGAAAUCAAGGAACGGAUGUGUAUAUAAAAAAUCUUGUCGGCACCUCAAUGCAGUUAAUUAUUCUUUUUGUCAAACUCUAUUACAAACUUGUGUUAUUUACAGAUUCAGUUA